AUGUGCCCAACAAGGAUAUACAGAAGAUGUCUCAAUGCCAAGGUUGAUAUUCAAAUGAAUCCAUUCGCGUUUUCAAAUAUACAUCUGAGUUUGGAAGGCAAUUCUGUUGUAGGGCUCGGUUCAUGUACAGCACGGUUCUCCGGUACGUCGACUGGGAUAAUGUAUUUCGACGGUGAGGGUGACUUUUAUGAGAAACAGUUUAAACUGCACUGUUCAAUUGGGGAAGACAACUCUUUGAGGAUAGAUUUCGUAGAAUUGAAUAAGAGUGAGGAGUCUGAAAAUUAUGUGGGCUGGAAAGAUACGCUUCCUCAAAGUCCCGACUACGAAAUGCCCAAGCUGGUGUAUUUGGGUACUUGUCCGGAAACUCCAGAAAGCGAAGAGCUCCCGUUCCCCGGUGUUAUAGCUUUUGAGCGAAUAGGUACCUGA